AUGUGGAUGGAGCUGAAUGACAAAUAUGCUGAAAACGAGAACGACAACGAAUCCUUCAUGAUGGAGAAGUCUAAGGCAAGCUAUGGUGGUGUGAAGGUGCGCGCUCAAGUUGACCUUGUCAAGCACAAGAACCAGCCUAGGAGGAAUGUGAAGAACGAGAAGACCAAGUCUGGGUAUUUAGGGCCAAAGGCUAAUGUUAUGAAGAAGAAGAAGUCUGAGAUUGUUUGCUACAUUUGUGGUGGGUUAGAUUACAAGGCCAAUAGAUGUUGUGAUCGUAAGGGCAAAGGGACGACAACUGAGCAGCAGAAGAGUGCAGAUGGUGGAUCCGUGCUAAUGGGAAACAGGGUAUCGGUAGCAGUACACGGAGUAGGACAAGUGAGCCUGAAGCUAACUUCCGGCAAGACUCUUGUCCUAAAGGAUGUGCUAGUAUUUGCUGGAGAUGGUUUUAGACGGUUGCCUGACAGCUUUAAGUCCACAACAAGCAAUGUUCCAUCUGGCAGAUCUCUCAUGUAUUUCUGUCUAUUUCUUGCUAGUGGCAUAUUCCUAGUUUUCAUUGCAUCCAUGAUAUUUCUGCCAGUCAUGGUAAUAAUGCCUCAAAAGUUUGCAAUCCGUUUCACUGCGGGAUGUGCCUUCAUAAUCGGAUCAUUCUUUGCGUUGAAAGGGCCUAAGAAUCAGCUCUAUCAUAUGAUUUCCAAAGCGAGACUACCUUUCACUCUGGGGUUUGUCGGCAGCAUGGUUGCUACCAUCUAUGUGUCAAUGGUGCUUCGUAGCUACAUACUUUCUGUUUUCUUCUCCAUGCUUCAGGUCCUUACUCUAGCAUAUUAUGCUAUCUCAUAUUUCCCUGGUGGAUCUGCUGGAAUGAAGUUUCUAUCAUCUGCCCUUGUGUCCUCGGUGCUGAGAUGCUUCGGGCGAUGA